AUGGGCCCCUGUACCGCCUCCUCAUGCUGCUGCCAGGCCCGUAAUCUGCCAUGGGCCCCCGUACCGACUCCUCAUGCUGCUGCCAGGCCCGUAAUCUGUCAUGGGCCCCUGUACCGCCUCCUCAUGCUGCUGCCAGGUCCAGAGUGUGUCAUGGGUCCCUGUACGGCCUCCCAUUGCUGCUGUCUCCAUCGCCACACUCUGCCAUGUGCCACUUUCAGGUCUCCUCACACUGCUGGUGGGUUUCCAUUUUGUCAUAGGGUGCUGUAUGGCCUCCCAUUGCUGCUGCCUCCACCGCCACACUGUGGCUCCACACUCUGGUUUUGGCCCCGUGACUGCCCAAAUGAGUAAAGUGUGCGGUGAUUCUAAGAUCGACGGCACUCAUCUGCAUGUCAUACUGACUGACAGUAUUAUUUCUUUUCCCCAGCAGACUCCAAGGGCAUUUAAAUUAAAGGUACAGUGUUCUGCACUAAUAUAA